UCCGCAUGACACAGAGCAGGCUGCGCGUUAAGUUACCGAAACUCCUUACAUGCAGAAGUUCAGUGUGACAGCCCCUCAAACUUCUCUCCGCGUUUGCAACAUAUGCCAUUAACCUACAUGGGACAGAAGUAUUGCUGAACGACGGGGUGGGUGUACGACUGACAGGAGGAACUUUUUUGAAUGAGUUGUCCGAGUUGUCUUUUUUAAAUGUGAUUUACGCAUCUGAAUUUGCCGCUGCCGUGCGCGAGAUGUUUGGAUUUCCUCUCGUGGACGAAGUUUUGUUUGGACAGUUAUGAUCUCCCCUUCUGAUAGGAAUCAACUUGUUAAACCUAAAUUGUGGUAGUAGCACAUGUUAUGCGCAAAGCAGAAGACGAAAGUUUUGGGAAUUGUCUUUUGGGUUCUGUUUUCUAUACUCGCCUAAGUGAGUGAUGAUUGAUUCGGAUGUGUCAGCACCGCCGAGCGCUCAUCCGCGCAGUCCAUCGUCCUGAAGGUCGACAAAGUAAGAAACCACCUGUUGCGAAUGCUUUCAAAAACUUCCCACGGAUAUAACAUGCCCAAAGGAGACUGCCACUCGAGAAAAUAUAUACAUAUGGUAGUGUAAAUAAAUGUGGAUUAUGUUGCCAUGGUGGCAAGAGUUAAAAUGAGGAGUCUUGACCAACAGUUGGUGCUCUCAGAAUGGCUCGUGAGGAUUCGGUAAAAUGCUUGCGCUGCCUGCUCUACGCUCUCAAUUUACUCUUCUGGCUGAUGGCCGUCUGUGUGCUGGGUGUGGCGGCCUGGCUCAGAGAUUACCUGAACACUGUGCUUACUCUGACUGCAGACACCAGGCUGGAGGAGGCUGCAGUUCUGACCUAUUCUCCGGUGGUGCAUCCCGUCAUUAUAGCCGCAUGUUGUUUCCUCAUCAUCGUAGCCAUGGUGGGAUACUGCGGGACUCUCAAAUGCGACCUCCUGCUUCUGUCCUGGUAUUUUGGCUGCUUGCUGGUGAUCUUCUGUGUUCAGCUGGCCAGUGGGGUGUGGACGUACGAUGAGCCUGCAGUGCAAAGGGCAGACAUGAUUAGCCUGAAGUCCCGGAUGCCCAACUAUGGUCUGCAGCGAUACCAGUGGCUCACACACGCCUGGAAUGCCUUCCAGUCGGAGUUUAAGUGCUGCGGGGUCAUCUACUUCACUGAUUGGCUGGAGAUGACGGAGAUGGAGUGGCCACCUGACUCCUGUUGCUCCAAUCAGUAUCCAGGCUGUGCUCGCCACGCCCACUACCGCGACCUCAGUGACCUCCACCAGGAAGGCUGCGGUCCAAAGAUGUACAGUUUCAUCCGCGGCACCAAGCAGCUGCAGGUGUUGCGUUUCCUGGGUGUGUCCAUCGGCGUGGCCCAGAUCCUGGCGAUGACCCUUACCCUCACACUCCUCUGGGCGCUGUACUACGACCGCAAGCCGCCCGACCCCCCCGCCGCCAUCGCACCGACUGAUGCCGCCCCUGCUGGCGCCACUGCCAGUGACCCCCAUGCGCUCUGUCUGGGGGUGGUGUCGGACGAUGCCCCCAAAAUGGGUCACCUGCGGCCCCACGAGGCUUGGGCUGGACAGAGCGCCCCGCUCAACGGACACACACAGUUGGAGAUGGAGCAGUUGUCAUAGCGACGAGCCUGGAGCCCCCCACAGGAAACGAAACUCUCAGUGGGCGAGAAGGGGACCGGACCACCUGACCCCUCAUGGUUGCCACAGAGGGGAGAAAGGUGGCAGGGAGCAAAGAAGGGCACACCAUACGGACUAGUUAGUGCACACUAUGCAGACUAGUUAGUGCACACCAUACGGACUAGUUAGUGCACAC